GCCGUUGUUUUUCUGUGACGUCACACUCGAAAUUUAUAAUGGAGUAUGACAUAUGAAAGCUUUUGUCUAGUUCAAGAUGUUUUCUAAAUCGUACGUAAUCAAGCUGUCAUAUAUAACUGAUUGAUCAUAUGAUAUGGCAGGAAAUUUUUGGCAAAGUUCUCAUUAUCAACAAUGGUUGCUAGACAGACAAGAUUUACUUCGAGAACGCCAUUCAGAUCUACAGUUAUUGACAGAAGAAGAAUAUCAGAGAGUCAUGAUAUUCUUUGCAAAUUUUAUUCAAGCAUUAGGAGAACAACUUAAAGUAAAACAACAAGUUAUAGCAACAGCUACAGUAUAUUUCAAGAGAUUUUAUUUAAGGAAUUCUCUUAAAUGCAUCGAUCCUUUAUUAAUGGCUCCUACCUGCAUAUUUCUUGCUUCAAAAGUUGAGGAAUUUGGGGUAAUAUCAAAUAGCCGUCUUAUUUCUACCUGUCAAACAGUGGGAAAAAUUGGGUGNCAUUAUAUACAAGAUAUUGGACAAGAAGAGAUUUUAUUACCAAUGGCUUGGAAAGUAGUAAAUGACAGUUUGAGAACUGAUGUAUGUUUAAUGUAUCCUCCUCAUCAGAUAGCUCUAGCAUGUUUACAUAUGGCAUGUGUUAUUCUUCAGAAAGAUUGUAAACAGUGGUUUUCUGAGUUAAAUGUAGAUAUGGAAAAAAUUUUAGAAAUAACUCGCCAAAUUUUAUCCCUCUAUGAUUUAUGGAAAAACUUUGAUGAGAAAAAAGAAAUUCCAGCCUUACUAGCAAAAAUUCCAAAACCAAAAACGCAACCUUCCAGACCCCCUUCUCAGGGAGCUGGAUCUUCCCAAAAUGAUCCCAACAAUCAACCAAAUUCAACACAACAAUCAACUGUGCAGGGAUAACAUUAUAACACAUUGUAA